AUGAAUUACAAAAUUCAAUAAUAUAGUCCAUCACAAUUAUAUGAAAAUAAAGCCAGAUUAUUUGAAUCCCUAAUCAAAGAAUGGAACAAUAUGAAUAAUUAAGAAAAAGCAAAAUAUCGUGAAAAAGUCAAAUUUACAAAUGAAAUUGAAAAAGUAAAAUAAAACAAAGAUGAAUCUAUUCUUGAAACCUUAUAAGAAACUGCAAUUGAAAAAUAAGAAUAAAUUUCAUAAUAAAUAAUAAUCGAAAAAAGUUAAAGGCAAGAGAGUUCUGAAAAUUUAUCAGCAUAAUUAAUUAAAGAAAGAUGUAUAUAUAAAAUUAAUUUACCUAAGAAAAUAGCAAUAAGGUUAGAUUUUUUGAAGAAUAAAAACAAGAUUUUUUAAAUUCAUAUGAUAUAAUUUCAGAAAGAGAAACUAAUUCAUAAUAAUUUCCAAUUAAAAGUUAAACAUCUCCAAUUUAAGAAGUAAUACAAAAAGAAGAAGAAAAAAAAUAGAAUGAGAUUACUGAUAAUUUAGAUAAAAAUUAAAAUUACGAAAAUUCUAAUUUAGAAAAUGAAGAAUAUGAAAAACCAAUAAUUCGUUAAAGAAAAAAACCAGGUCCAAAACCAAAGGAUCGUUCAUUAAAAGGAAUAGUUGAAUAAAUUAAACCAAAAAAGAAUUCUGAUUAAAAGAAAGCAUUAAGCCCUUCAAAAUAAAUAUAGUUAGAAUAAUAAAAAAAUCCAAAAUAUUUCUUUAUUGAAUAAACACUUACAUUAAGAUAGCUUAAAGAUUAAGUUAAGAUUUUUUUAAAACAAAAUGAAUGA